AGUUAAAUUUGUAACAUAUUUUGCUCUCAUUAAUGAAGCAUGAAACGUAUCAUUACAUUUUAAAAGCGACGUUACACAAAAAUUCAUUACAGUGACUAUAAAGAAUUUAAACGCUAAUUUUUCCAAAAAGAAUACGCAUUUUAUUCUAUUUUAUUCUUAUCUUUAUAUAAAUUACAAAGGGAGAGGAAAGUUGCUCGCAAACAGAGCAAUAGAAAUCGAAAAGUUGAGAAAUCGUUUCUAUAUACUUUGAAGAGAAAUAGAAGAGAACGUUACCGUAUUUUUUUUUACACACGCAGGUCACGUGGCGGAUUCUCAAAUAGAACGCCGCUUCUUCUUUCGCGCAAAAAUGGCCGGCGAUCUAACGUGAAUCUGCUGCUCGCGCAUGAGGGGAUAGAACGCUCGCGCGAGUACGCGUGCCUCAGUGCACAUGCUCACGAACGCACGCGCGUGUGUGUGUAUGUUCCCAGCGCGCGUGGGCGAUGCUAUGGCACGCGACACGACCGUUACACGUUCGGACUGGCAACGUGGGUCGACGCGGAAGAGGGGGUGAAAUUCAGAAGGGGAACAAGAGGUGAAUUGCAGCGCUCCACGCACACACGCAUACACACACGCACACAUGUACAUACCACACAUACGCACGCGCGCAUACGCGAGACGCAAUACGCGCGUAUCAGGUAGGGGCACAAAACAGUCGACGCGACAACCACUCUCGCACAAAGAGCGAGAGAAGGAACGGUGCCUGGAGUUCAGGUAGGCCGAACGGAAAUUCGAAUAAAAAACGCGAGUCGCCGAGUUCUCGCGCGGAGGGGGUCUAAUGUACCCACACGCGCGCGCGAACGCGAAUCCUUGAUACACGUGUGUGCGCGUGGAGAGGGUCCUCUAAGAGGGGUCAUACAGCAUCUGCUCCUAUAGAACAACAUAUAACAUACACACAUUGAAACUCGCAGAGCGUGCAAGUGUGAGAGAGAAGGAGAGAGAGAGAAACGGUGGAAGGGAUGAAAAAGGAAGGACGUGGAGCGUAGCGGACUAUCGCGUUGCACUCACGAACAUCCUGCACCUUCCGUCGUUGUUGCUGAUGGUGGGGGACAGUUGGUGGAACACAUCUCUGGUCUAUUGGCUGGUGGCCCGCGACCGCCCGUCCCCCAUUGGCAAGCAACGAGGGGCCUGCGGGCCCGUAUUGGCUCGGCAGCACGUGCGGGCCACCUGCGAUCGGUUGGUGGGGCGACCUGUUAUAAGAGGCCCUGACACAACCCCCUGCCAGUUAGAGACCGGCUUGCAGCCGAAGCGUUCUGAGCCAGUCGCUGAGAUACAUUCCUUGCAUUUCCCUUUCGUGUUUCACGCGAGUCAAGAUUUGUCCAAGUCGCCUAACCGGUCAGUUGAAUUCGGACGAGCGCGUGGUGAACAUUAAUCUUAUUACUCUUUGAAGAAAGAUCGAAGUGCCGUUUCUUCUGUCUUUCAAAGAGGGAUUUUUGACUUAUGUGUGAAAUAGUGUAGUGACGUCGCAUAUUAUUGCCUUGCGAGACUUCGACAAAGGUGCGAUUAUUGGAUUAACGCUGUAAAUGACGGAUCUUCACACAAAAAGAGAAAGAAGAAGAGAGACGCUAUAAGCGUCUUCACAGUGGCAUAGCGUUAAUAAAUCACAAGAACGGUUUAAGUGUCUUUACGCAGUAUCAAAACACAGUGUCAAAAUGCUUGUCGACGAGGUGCCACACAACUUCAAGAAGAAUUACAAUUAUAGUCACUGCCCCUUAAAGAAGCGGCCGUUUUAUUAUACAUCUGAGGAUGAAGAAGAAGUUCCCGAAGCUAUCAAAGAAGAAAUAAUUGAUGUGGGAGUAGACGAUAUCCCUGAACCUGAAAACCUCAGUACAAAGCCCGAGGAUCUCAGCAGAACUGCGGAUCGUCAUCAUGGUCUUCCUCAUCAGCAACAGCCGCAACAGCAACAGCAGCAACAACAACAACAACAACAACAACAACAACAACAACAACAACAGCAAGAACAGGAACGCGUGUCUAGCAGGAUGACAGCUCCGAUUUUCAAGACGUCGCCUCCACCUUUAACGAUAGAGCCAUCCUCGCCGACGACUCAUCAUCACGCGAUGCACUACGUUCAUCAGUUACACUAUCACCAUCACUACCCGACCAAGACUAUCACGCCGCCAGCGGGAAUCGCGCCGACCCAUCAUCCGAUGGUGAAGAAGGCGCGAGUUGAAGUGAUUCAGCAUAACGACAAUUCCGCAACGACGCCGACGGCGGGUAUGACGGCGACGUCGACGCCGUUGCAUUUCAUGGCGAGCAAGGCACCUUUGGAGCCGUUGAAUCUAAAUCCUCCGGUAGAGCCGUUGACUCAUUACCCUACGGCAGCCUGGGCUCGCACGGGCCCGCUGUAUCCGUCGCAUUAUCUGCCGUACCCUCCACCUACCUAUCGCUAUCCUGGAGCGGAUUUGUACUCGUCAUAUCCGGUACCGGCAUAUCCGCACUCCUCGCCGGAACAUCACCCGUCAGUUUCGCCACCGCCUCACGGCGCACUGACCUGCUCGACGAUCCAACGACCUAUCGCUAGGAGUUAUCCUCAUUGGAGCAGCCCGGAUCAUUGCGGUUUGUCGCCUACUAGUUCUGUGGGUUCUGGCUCUCUGAGAUCUCCGCCUCCCGCGACGCCGGAGGAUCUCUCCUCGCCCAGCAGCGAGAGCGGCAGGUCGUCCGCCGGCAGUACUUCCGCCGGGACCACGAUUGUGAACACGAAAAUAGAGAAGAGCAGCCCGAGUACUGGCGCCAAUACUUCCUCUAAUGCGACGUCGUCCAGGUAUCCGUGCGCAGACUGCAACAAAUCGUACUCGACAUUUUCCGGCUUGUCGAAGCAUCAGCAGUUUCACUGCGCAGCCACUCAAGGCCAGUCAAAGAAGCCCUUCUCGUGUAAAUUCUGCAAUAAGGUAUAUGUCAGUUUGGGCGCGCUGAAGAUGCACAUUCGAACGCACACGCUGCCCUGUAAAUGUCAUACAUGUGGCAAGGCGUUCUCCAGGCCGUGGCUACUUCAGGGUCACAUCCGAACGCACACCGGCGAGAAGCCGUUCCGGUGUCAACACUGCAAUCGUGCAUUCGCUGACAGGAGCAACCUCAGGGCUCACCUGCAGACCCAUAGCGACGUCAAGAAGUAUUCCUGCGACAGGUGUAGCAAGACAUUCAGCAGGAUGUCAUUGCUUACGAAACAUCAGGAUGGCGGCUGUCCCGGCGUGCCGGUGUCAGUCGGCUAUUCUUGCUAAAGUUUCGCGUUUCUGUGACCCACGACAAACGUCGCUCGUUCUUAUUUCGCGGUCUCAAAGUGCCUUAAAAUGCAGUACAAAUGUCGAGUUAGUGAAGUCGGGUAGCUUGGUGAAUCGCAUGUGAAGUACCGAUUAAGCCUUUCGCCAUUAAAAAACUAAGUCUUAAAAAAUAUUCUCUGAAGAGUAUUUCGUAAAAAAAAAAAAAAAAAUUCUUGUUAAUUUUAACUUGAUUUUUUAAAUAAAACAUUAAAUUUUAUUAUUUUGACUCCCAACAAUGGCGAAAGAAUUCACAAUUCCACGUAUUCUCGUCAAGUAUACCAUUCGCUCGUAUCGAACGCACAUUAUUAAGAAACAAACUUAUCAGGCAGAUAUCUCAAAAAGUUUCGUGAGAGUUGGUUUCGUUUAUUAUUCUUCGUUGUAAAUAUCAAUGGUGCACGAAUGUGCAACAUACAACAAUUCACAAAAUACUUAUUCUCUCUUAUUUGUCAAAUUUUAAAUUUUAUCUGUAGAAGAGAAAUGAGUUUUUACUAUAAAUAUAAAAAAAUAAUAUAUGAUAAUAUGAUAUAUAAUAAUAUGAACAAAUAUAUUAUUAUAGUAUAUUAUUAUAUGUAUUAAAAAGUUUUAUCUUGGAAGAAUAUUAAUGAUUUGAGGUCUACAAUUGAGAUAUAAAGUUUUAUGACUAAUUGUAUAAGCGUGCUGACGAUAUAAUAGUACUUAGAGAUUAUUUCGUCCUUCCGAGAGAUCGGUCACGUCGCUCCGAGCACGUGCGAAAUAUCGAAUAUAAAAAGCUGCUCGAUUACCGCGUGAUGUGGUCCCGUGAAACUGUUGUGCCAUUUUUUCUAAGUUUUAUGCCAUUUUUUGUUUCAUUAGUUUUGAUGCACUCGAGCACAUAAAACGAAAAGAUCAAGAGAUAGGACGAUUUGCACGUUUUCUUUUUUUUCUGAGUUAUGUUUCGUUUCUUUUGUCGGCGUGCGAGCGCAUCCGAACAUUAUUAUUUAUUAUCGCGAUUUGAUCGAAACUUAUUUAUAUUAAUUACAGUCCUUUGUAGUUUUGAUGGAAAGAAAGAAAGGGGAAAAAACUAAAAUAAAAAGAGAAAUGAACGCGGGGCUUCAUUAAAAUAUCGAAUCAAAUGACGUGUUUUCGAAAACAGGCAUUUCAAGCACAAUCGACGUGAAUUUGGAAAAUGAAAUUUUCUCAAUGGUUGUCACGCUGGCGAUGCACCAAAGUGCCAUUCGCGAAAGCGCCACGUGCGCGCCGCGUCGGGUGGAAUCUCAUUCGCGCGCUCGCACGCGUUAACACGCGAAUUGUAUGUACAUAGUUUAGCGCUUAACGGCUAGCGAGUAAAUACGCACAAUACGAGUAUUAUAAUUUGCCUACAUUGGGCAACUGGACCGAUAAGAGCAGAAAAGAAGAGAUCUCGGCUUCGCACGUCGCAUUAUCAUUUUCUAUAUUUUGCGCAUUUCGCAAAUCCACCAUAAGUUUCUUGAACAAACUAGUCAUUGUAUUAUAUGCAGAGGAACAAAAGACUCGUUAUGAUUAUUGAAAAAAAUAUAGAGAGAGGUAUAGCUGUUAAGAGUGAGCCAUCGUUGUAUACUUUUACUUUUUAUCGUGCGUGUAAUUAGCAGCAUGGCUCAGGCGAGUACCACUAUUCCUAGUUCUGUAAAGGAAAUAAACUCUACUACUACGAAAUACAGAUAUUGCUUAUGUAUAGAGAUAUUUUAUACGAAAUAAAUUACGUGAAUUUUAAA